GAGGGGGCGAAAAAGCGAGCGAGGAGGUGGAGUCGUGUUCAGAGGGAGGAAAACCCAGCAGAAGAGCAGGAAAAAAAGAGAAAAACCACCAGACACAACAACAUCGGGGGGAGGACGGCGGAUUAAACGUGCCAACUGAGGCAAUUCAAAUUAAGAGAAGUGAAGAGAAGAAGGGAGGACGGCAAGAUGAUAACGCCCUAUUUCCUGGAAAAUUUCUGGGGCGAUAAAAACAGUGGAUUUGAUGUACUGUACCACAACAUGAAGCAUGGCCAGAUAUCCAGCAAGGAGCUGUCAGACUUCAUCAGAGAAAGAGCCACCAUAGAGGAGGCGUAUUCAAGAUCAAUGACCAAACUGGCCAAGACUGCUAGCAACUGCUCUCAGCUCGGGACGUUCGCGCCGGUGUGGGAUGUGUUUAAACAGUCCACCGAAAAGCUGGCGGCGUGUCACAUGGAGCUGGUCCGCAAGCUUCAAGAGCUCAUCAAGGAAGUCCAGAAGUAUGUGGAGGAACAAGCCAAAAAUCAUAAGAAGACGAAGGAGGAGGUCUCAUCCACGCUGGAGGCUGUGCAGAACAUCCAGAGUGUGUCACAGGCCUUACAGAAGAGCAAAGAAAACUACAUCAACAAGACACUAGAGCAGGAACGCAUGCGCAAAGAGGGCGCCACACAAAGAGACCUGGACAAGGCUGGAUUGAAGGUCAAGAAAGCGACGGAGACGUACAAGUCAUAUGUGGAGAAAUAUGCCAACGCGAAGACGGAAUUUGAGCAACGGAUGACGGAAACCGCAGAGAAAUUCCAGGGCAUCGAAGAGGAGCAUGUACUGCGUAUGCAGGAGAUCAUUCAUUCAUACUGUCAGUCUGUUGAAGAGACACACAUACAGAUAGGAGAGGUGCAAGAAGAGUUUGUGAAAAACAUGGAGAACACCUCCGUUGAGAGUCUCAUACAGAAACUGUCAGAAAGCAAAGGAACGGGCAAAGAGAGACCAGGGCCCAUCGAGUUUGAGGAAUGUAAUGUCUCGAUCGCCACAGAAGGCGCAAAACCCAGAAAAAGGAAAACCUUUGCCAUACCGGGCCGACGGAGAGAUAAAGACACGGAUUCCACCGAAUCUGCCGAAGUAGAAGCAGUUAACGCUUCCAACGGAGCUCCCCCGGGUUUCUACGGUGCUAUAGAUCUCCAUAACGCCAAUGUGCCUCAGCUGGACGAGGAGGGCUUCUGUAUCCGACCAGAAGUCAACGAGAAUGAUGCCAAAGAGAACUCCUUUUAUUCAUCCAGUGACUCAGAAGAUGAGGACGAGCCUAGAAAGUUCCACGUCCAGAUCAAGCCCGUGCAGACAAACAACGGCACACACCAGCACAAAGCCACCAUCGACGAGCUGAAGGCCUCCAUUGGAAACAUCACGCUCUCGCCCACCCCAGCUGUUCAUAUGAAGAAAAACCAAUCCAGAAUGACACGACAACAAACAUUCCCUGCUAUAAAACCAAAGUCAGGUGAUGAACUGGCGCGACCCAAGAUACCGCAGACAUCCUUUAAUGAUAGAUUAGCCAGUAAUGACCUGCUGUCUUUGGAUCCAUUUGGCCCGACCGGCACCAGCUCCAGCUCCUCUAUACCCCACUCAACAGACCUGGCUUGUCUCUUCUUAGCGUCUUUCCCCACAUCUCUCCCUCUGCAGUUAAAUGAUGAGGUUUUUGAAGACCCAGCAGAAGUGGAUUUACAAUCGGAGCCCACCUCUCCUUCAGCAGUCAGUCUUGAAAUCACCGAGGCUCCUUGUUUUCCCCUUCCCUCCAAACUCCCUCCUCCUGCCGGUCUUGUCAAGCCGUGCGCUCCGCCGUUCCCUGUACUCUCCUCUCCUCCCUCCACCUCUCCUUGGGAGCUCCCCGAUGAGGCGGUGGCUCCCCUCCACCCUGGCCCAGCUCGAGCUAUGAGUGUGCCUCCAGCCCUGCAGGCUGCUCCUAAGGACUAUGCUGCCCACAAGCCCCCUCUCAGUGCUCCCGUCACUGGUCCAGACGCGCUUACAUCGUGGGCUCAGAGCCAGUGGAUCGCCUUUAAUGAUGACUUUGUGCCAUGUCGGGGACUGUCCCAUCAACCAGCAAGGCCUCGGUCAGUGCCCGUUUCUCAGCAGCCCAAGUUUCUCUUCAGAGAGUCUGCUGACCCGUUUGGCAGCUUUGGGAGAGAGGAGGGUGCCCCCUCUCUAACCGGAGCACCUGCUCGACCCAUGCAGGAUGCUCCAAACAGGCCAACCACUCCCCUGGGCACAGCAACCAUUGUCCCGCCUCCAAGACCAUUAUCAAGGCCCAAACUGCCUGCAGGCAAACUGACAGGCAUCAAUGAAUCUGGCCGACCGUUCAGCCCUCCUAAGAUGUCCAGCUCCAGCCCGCCUCCCGCUGCUCCUCUGGCUCGUGCCGAGAGCUCCUCCUCUCUCAGCUCCAACACCUCCUUGAGCGCCAGCAACACACCAACUGUGGAGGACGAUCUGUUCGUGGGAAAACUGCCCACGUUUGAGAAGAGAUGUGAGACUCCUGCAGGGACAUCUCGCGGGCCCAGUCCAGUGACACUGGCUUCUCAGGAUGCAUUGCCCAUCGCAGUGGCGUUCACUGAAUCAGUUAAUGCCUAUUUUAAAGGGGCAGAUCCCAGCAAAUGCAUUGUGAAGAUCACCGGAGACAUGACCCUGUCCUUCCCCAGCGGCAUCAUCAAGAUUUUCACCUCUACUCCAUCUCCUGCUGUACUCAGCUUCAAACUCUCAAACACUAGCAAAUUAGAGCAGAUCAUGCCCAACCAGCAACUACUGCACAGUGACUCCUCCCAGGGCGAUACAAACACUAAAGACUUUUGGCUGAACAUGCCUGCACUGACAGCGUACCUCAGGAAGAGCUCCGAGCAGAACCCUGCUGCAUCCUAUUACAACGUGGACGUCUUAAAGUACCAGGUAUGUUCAAACGGGAUUCAGUCAACUCCUCUGAACCUUGUGGUGUACUGGAAAUGCACUACUAGUACUACAGACCUGCGAGUGGACUACAGAUUCAACCCGGAGUCGAUGCAGCCCCCUGCGUCUCUCACCAAUGUACAGGUGUUAGUGCCCAUCAGUGGUGGAGUCACAACCAUGCAGUCACUUCCUAAUGCCAUCUGGAACGCAGAACAGAGUAAGUCGUUGUGGAAACUGAGUGAUAUCUCUGACAAGUCUGAAAAUGAAGGCUCUGGUUCUUUGAGAGCAAAGUUUGAGCUUUCCGAUGGUCCGUCCAUCCCCGCCACCCUGGCUGUUCAGUUCUUCAGUGAAGGAAGCACUCUGUCUGGUGUAGAUAUGGAACUGGUCGGCUCCGGUUACCGUCUCUCCCUCAACAAGAAGAGGUUUGCCACCGGCCGCUAUAUGGCUGACUGCUGAGAUCUGAGCAGGGAAUGCAGGGAAUCUGGAGGUUAACUUUCAUUCUGUCGCUGGUUCACAAUGAUAUUCGCGGAGGAUCGUUAGGGGGGAUGGAGAAAGAGAGCUGUCUGGGUUGAAGGCCUCUCACGCUUCUGUUUCCUCUCUCCGCGUUCUGAACGAUCCGGUUCCAGUGAAGCACCUUCCGGAGAUUCGAGAUUUUUAUACUAUAUUAACGUAGCACUGAAUAUCAAACACUGUGUAUAAAGAAAAAUAAAAAAAAAAAAAAGGAAAAAAGAAAUGAGGAACGACAGGAUAUUGGCGAAUGAAAUCAUUAAUCUUUGAUACUUUUUUCGAUCAGUUCAGACUUUUAUAAAGUCAGAACGGUAGUGUUUGCUAUUUUGAUGUGUAUAGUUAACAAUUUGUAAUAUGGAUUAAAUGUGUAUAAACAUACGUAUCAAGGCAAAAAAAGGACAAAAAAAAAACUGCACUAACAAUCUUUCUGGAUAGUUGUUGAGCAUUCAUUUCUUCAUUUGCGUUCACCCAAGUGUCAGCCACAAGGAGGUGAACGAAACGAAAAAAAAAGAAACUAGAGAAAAGCCUCAGCAAUAGAUCGCUCCAUUCUCACGAGAAAGCCUUACUUCUUGUUUUCUAUAACUGAGCAUUGCACGUCUGAUUAAUUGGUUUUCUGUUUUCCGUUUUUUCUCUUCUGAAUGUGCAAUGAAGGUAUAAGCUUUCGAAAUGACAUUUAUAGAUUGUUUUUCAAUUUCAGUGCCAUUUUCACUUUAACAUUGUCGAGAGAACCUACUGGUUAGUUUUGUGUCUUGCUUAGCAGCAAAAGGAAACUUACACACUGACCUCAGUGCCUCUUUUUUUGUUACUUAAAACAAUUAUACAGGACAAUUUGCAUGUGCGAGUCUAAAAGACCCAUGUUUUCCCCUUUUUUUAUAUAACGACCUUUCCUCUUCCUAAUUUUUUGAAGUGCCAGUUCAGUUCUUUAUGCUUCCUGAUGGGAUGACUGAAGGAAAACACUGCCUAAGCUUUAGCUUUUGUCCUUCAAACCCCCGUUAGCAUGCUUUACCUAAACGGAUGCGCUGCAAAGGAGCACACUGUUCCCGUUUUAGACGUCAUCCCGGCCUUAUAGACGUGUGCAGAAAUGAUACCAAAAUAACUCACUGUGAGAAAAUUCUAAUCCAACCUGACUAUUUGGGGAGAUCCUCGUUGAUAAACAGACCAAAAUAUUGUGAAUAUUAGCGUAUCGAGAUGAGUUACGAGCAUGCACACUUUUUAGCGUAGUUUAUUAACAACAGACUACCCAUUUUUAGGUAAGCGUAUUUUUAAGGGACGCUGCGUGUAUAUGUUUUCACCAAAUGUGCCGUCACAUCUGUUUUCGAGUGUUCAACGUUAAUAAUGACCUGAACGCAUUAGUUUCUUAAAUUUAUGGCUCAAAUGAUCUUUUUUUUUUUUUUUUGCUUUGAGCAAGUUUGCCAAAUACAAAUCACAAGCACAACGAUGCAAUGAGCCAGUGGAGGUUUAAAUGUGCGCAGGGUCUGACUGCCACGUGAGAGAUUUCUUCAUUUCGAGAUUUUCUUCAUUUCUUUCUUUCUUUCUUCUUUUUUUCUGGAACCCAUUGGUGAGCGUUUGCGGUGCUUCGAGGGGGUCUGUCCCCCUCACGCAAGGGCUGUUUGCUUCGUUCCUUUUCAGAGGACCGCGUCUUCAAGGGCUACCCCGAUCCCAGCGAUAGCCAACACCAUUUAUACCUUUAAAAUGAAAAACACUAAUAAACACUAAACGCCACCAAUGAAGGAUGAAUCUGAAAACAAUGGCGUUCUUUACAAUUAUGUCUCGUUUCACCAGGAAUUUUUCGAUAGCAGCCUAACAGUUUUGUGAAGUAACAACAUUUUAUAUUCAGAAUCAAAUCGCUGUCUUUAUGUACAGGGUAUAUAUAUAUUUGUGAUUUAAAUACACUUGUAUUGUGGUGUUGGUGUCAAUACAGAGGCAGAAAUUAACUGGUGAACAUCCUGGUCAAUGUAGCAUUCGAAUACAAUAUUUGCUUCUUUAAGUGAAUAUCAACUAAUCGUGUAGUAAGCGAGCUGGUUCUUGCUGCCUCUACAGCCACGUCAAUAUUCAAAGUCAUUUUGAAACUAGUUUCUUCUUUUCUUUCCAUUUAUGUCCACAUUCAAUGGCAUGGUAAAACAUUUGUGAUUUUGUUUCUUUUCUCUUUUUUUUUUUUUACCCACCUAAUGUAAAUUUUUACAAAUAUUUCUGCCAUGUUUCUCUGCUUUAUGAUGCUCUGUGUCGGUAAUAAAUGUGUAAUAUAUAAAUCUAUACAAAUAUAAGAAAUACUACCGAA